CAACCAGGGCUAUAUAGUGAGACCCUGUCUCAAAAAAACAUAAAUAAGUAAAUAAAUAAAUAACCUUGUUAUGGCUACAUUGCAUGGAGAUUCCAAAUGUAUUUGACCAUUUUCUGACUGACACUAUUCAUGUUGUUCCCUAGCACAAGUUUGGUAUGCAGCAGUCCAUCACUAAUCCUUGGGGUAUUGGUUCCAUAGUCCCCCAGAUAAUACAAUCUGUUGAUGCUCAAAUCAUUUAUGUAAAAUAAUGUAAUGUUUGCAUAUAAUGUGUGCCUAGUCUCCUGUGUAUUUAAAACCAUAUCUUUGUUGUUUCUGAUACCUGAUAUAAUGUACAGAGUUAUUUCAUUGUAUUGUUCAGGGAAUAAGAAACAGAACAUGUACAUGUUUAGUACAGACACAAUGUUUUCUUUCCAAAUAUUUCCUAUUUUUGGCUAGUUGAAUUUAUGGAUGUGGGACUAACAAAUACAGAGACCUGACUCUAUAUUUCAUAUCUGUUCUAGAGCACCUUAGGAUAACUUUCUAGAGGCAGAGUGGCAGGUCAAAGGUAGGUAAUCCACCUCUGUUACUAAGAUUUAUGGUUGAAUGUAUUUACAUUUGACCAGUGAUCCUACGACCUCGGAUUCAUAGAGUCACACAAUGAGUUCUAAAACAUCACAAGUUUGCCACCAAUAGAUGAGAAAAUGUUAUCUCAGUUUUAAUUUGCAUUUUCCUUAUAUUGUGAUUUUUCUUUUCGUGGUUCUGUAUAUGGGACCACACUCUCAUCAGCUUGGCCAGGUGGUCCUUAGCCCAAGACACUGUGUCUCAUCUGGGUCUCUCUGUUUCUCAGUGAUCAAGUGGAUACCCCAGGGAGCCUUCAACCAGACCCAGUCCAACACCCUCCUGAGUGAUCCCAUGGAGGGGAAGAACAGUACCGACUCUACCAGGGCCUUGAGGCUGCUGGAUGGGACCAGCGCUGCCUGGUACAUUCUUACCAUCCUUGGCAUCUAUGGGGUCAUCUUCCUCUUCCACUUGGCCAACAACAUCCUUAGGAAAAAUGAGAAGUCCUUGGAAGACAUUUAUUAUUCAAACUUAAGUUCUGAACUCAAAAGUAAAGGACUCCAGAUCAAGGUGUCCAACUGCUCGGCACUGAUCGUCAGUAACACAGCUGUCCUUCAACCUGGUCAGGACAGCCUGGAACCAAAAUGUGAAGACAGCAGAUUACACACUGGAACCCAGGGGGUUCCUUAAAAGUCAAGGCCAGUGGACAACCAUUGGGAUCCCCCUUCCCCAAUUAUUUGCAGGUAGAGCAGUUUGGGUCUUACUUGGAAUCUUGAGAGUGGAACUAGGCCCUGGAUCAGGACUGGGUGACAAUCACUGGCCAAGGACAUGUCUGGCUGAUGGGGUGUGACCAGUCACU